AUGAGCGACAAAGUUGCCCACUCCUUCUCUCCUCCUUUUGAGGGUUUCACGGCAUAUGGAGACAAGGAAGUACCUCCUCAGCACCAUGAGCCCUACGCCAAACGGCCCGACCCGAGCAAACCCGCCAAAACCUUGAGCCCCGAUGUUCGCAACAAUUGGGUGAUCUCACCAGCUUCCAGCAUGAGCAAUGUGAUGCAAGCCAAAAAGGAAGAAAACCAACGACGCAAAAGUGUCUUGGGCCAAGCUCUUCCUAUUUCUAGAAAAGUGGAGCGAAGCUUUCAAUUGAUCACUACUACUACUGUUGCUGCAGCAGGUGUCACCAAAAUUCAAGUCUUGCAAGAAGAUGAUGAUAAUGAUAAUGAUGAGGAAGAAAAAUUACCUCCGACUCCAGUAGCAUCCUUUAUUGCACAAAAGACCGGGGAUGACAAGUUUCCUUGGGCCUUUGUCAAUGCAGAAACCGGCCUGGAACUUGCCUGUUACAAGCACAAAUCGACCGAUUUUGCCAGUCAUUUGGAACAAACCGAGGCGGUCCAAAAGCUCAAACCAAUGGAUCUGGAGUUGUAUGGCAAGACACCACUUUAUGAAACCCAAAAGUAUCGCAAAAAGGGACCCGAGGCCAAAGAAAUCAUAUAUCACUGGGGAAGUACCAAGAUACGACGUCCCACCAAGAUGAUGUUUGGAUUCAUUUCCUUGUCGGAAGCGAUAGAAAUGUCGACCAAACAUGAAACACCCCAAGAAUUCAAAUUGAUAAAGGGGGAAGAUGCUGGCUUCAAGAUUAUUUUGACGAACGAUAAGAAAAAGGAAGUGGCCAUUGGAGAAUUCAUGAAAAACGAUCAUGAUGACGAUGACGAUACUGACACCGAUAAUGGCGUCAGUCAUCGUCUGCGAUUGACCAUCAAGCCAAAGGUGGAUCCAACACUCAUUAUUGUAUUCUUGGCCAUGACUAGUUCAUUGACGCCAGACGCUGCAAGCUGA